UUUCCUUCGUUGCCCCUCUUCUUUUGUUAUAAUUUCGCUUUCAUUUCACUCACGCUCUCACAUCUUCCAACCAAUUUGUGAAAGAAAAAAAGAAAAAGAAAAACUUGGUUUGGUGAGAAAGAGAUGAAAAAAUGGAGUUCAAAAGGAAGCCAAAUUAGCAGCGAAGAGUAUGGAAGAGGAGACGUAGAUUGGGAGCUCCGACCAGGUGGAAUGAUUGUUCAGAAACGACAUGUUGGUUCGGGUUCCGAUUCGAAUUCGGAGCGUUUCAUUACAAUCAAAGUCUCUCAUGGCUCUUACCGUCAUCAAAUCACCGUCGAUUCUCAUUCAACAUUUGGGGAUUUGAAGACGGUUUUACGACGACAGACAGGGUUGGAGACGAGGGAACAGAGAUUGUUGUUUAAAGGGAAGGAGAAGGAGAACGACGAGUGGUUGCAUAUGGCAGGUGUGAACGACAUGUCGAAACUUAUACUCAUGGAAGAUCCUGCUACUAAAGAGAGGAAGCUUGAAGAGAUGAAGAAGAAGAAUACCCUUGCCGCCGGUGAAGCACUGGCGGAGAUCAGAGCAGAGGUCGACAAACUCUCCGAAAAGGUUGCGGCGGUGGAAGGUGGGGUUAGUGGCGGAAAGAGGGUGGAGGAGAAGGAAGUAAAUUUAUUGACAGAGUUGUUGAUGAUGCAAUUGUUGAAAUUGGAUGCAAUCGAGACUGAUAUUGAUUCCAAACUUCAGAGAAGAACUCAGGUUGUUAGGGUACAGAAAUUAGUGGACACACUUGACAACUUGAAGGCUAGAAUCUCAAAUCCUUUGAACCAAACAACAAAGAAAAUAGUUUCAAGUGCAACAGCUAAAUGGGAGGCAUUUGAUUCUGGAUUUGGUAGCCUUAUUCCUCCAACUUCAAAACUCACCAUCAGCUCUACAAAAAUAACUCAUGAUUGGGAGCUCUUUGAUUAAUUGCUUCUCUUUCUCCCAUUUUUGUCUAAAUCUUAAUGAAACUAAACCGAAUCGAAUCGAAACAUUUGUGUACAUAUGGCUUCAUUUGGGCUGAAUAAUGGGCUGCAAUGUGAUAUUGGGCCCAAAUGGACUCUGUGUAAGCCCAAUACGAACGUGUAGUGUGAUGUUUGGUUUAGUGGAAUAUUAUUAUUCUUAUUAUUUUGACAAAAUUCCUUCACUUA